AUGACUCGUCAGACUGAACACCACCGCUACACACCACCGCUACACACCACCGCUACACACCACCGCUACACACCACCGCUACACUCUACCGCUACACUCUACCGCUACACACCACCGCUACACACCACCGCUACACUCUACCGCUACACACCACCGCUACACUCCACCGCUACACUCCACGGCUACACACCACCGCUACACACCACCGCUACACUCUACCGCUACACACCACCGCUACACACCACCGCUACACACCACCGCCACCGCUACACACCACCGCUACACACCACCGCUACACUCUACCGCUACACACCACCGCUACACUCCACCGCUACACACCACCGCAACACACCACCGCUACACACCACCGCUACACACCACCGCAACACACCACCGCUACACACCACCGCUACACUCUACCGCUACACACCACCGCUACACACCACCGCUACACACCACCGCUACACACCACCGCUACACACCACCGCUACACUCUACCGCUACACACCACCGCUACACUCCACCGCUACACACCACCGCUACACUCUACCGCUACAUACCACCGUUACACACCACCGCUACACACCACCGUUACACACCACCGCUACACACCACCGCUACACUCUACCGCUACACACCACCGCUACACUCUACGGCUACACACCACCGCCACACACCACCGUCACACUCCACCGCCACACUCCACCGCCACACACCACCGCCACACACCACCGUUACACACCACCGCUACACACCACCGCUACACUCUACCGCUACACACCACCGCUACACUCUACCGUUUCUCGCCUGUACUGCUAUAAAAUCGGAGAGGAUUCGCCUGUAGUAGAGGGGGCGGCACAUUGCUAA